AAAAGGAACUGUCCAAAAGGGAAGAGGGAGGGAGGGACGGAGGAGGAAACCAUUUCUUUGGAAGAACCACGAGAUCCUUCUACAAAAGAAAGUAGACAUCUAAGAGAACGAAAAUUUAUCAGCAGUGGCAUAGGGUAACAAGGAAUCUAGAAUCCUGUUCCAUUCUCUCCCUCCAAAGAAUCCACACAGCUUGGGAACAGGGGACGAUGACGCUCCUCCUUUUCUCUUGAAACGACUCGUCUCCUAAAUCCCACAACGUCACUUCGAAAUCGGAAUUCCAAGCUGCUGUCGACCGUAAAGUUUCAACCUUUGGAACGAACCGGGUCAUGGGUCUCUACUCGUUUUGCUUGUGGGGCUCUCAGAUUAUGCCCAUCAGGCACCGGCAGAAGCGGGUCGAGUUUCCACAGUUCAACGGCAGAAAAGGAAGCGGCAUCGCUUUCGAGCUCUUGAAGCAGAGGCCUUGUCCUAUGAAGAUUCGCGUGUCUUGCACGCCCGAAUCUGUUGAUUUUGAAGAAAGAACGAGCCCAAAUGAGGUCAGGAAGGAAAUACAACAAUGCUACGACCUCAUCCGCAGGCUUGGGAGGGGAGUUGUUUACUUGGGCUCUUCAAGGUUGGGGCCUGAUCAUAAGCAUUACAUGCAAGCACUGGAGCUGGGUAAAGAGAUAGCAAAACUUUUGGACUGUACUUCUUGGUCAGGGGCCGGUCCUGGACUCAUGGAUGCUGCAACCAAAGGCGCUCUGGAAGCAGGAAAGCCGGUUGGUGGGUUCAAGAUAGGUAAAGAGGCUGGAGAAUGGACUGCUUCCAAUUUUCAUCCAUACCUACCUUCGGAAACUUAUCUUACUUGCAGGUUUUUCUCUGCAAGGAAACAUGGUUUGGUGGAUGCCGUGGUUAGGAGCAGCAGUUCUGACAAGACGGCUGUAGUUGCUCUGCCUGGUGGAAUUGGCACACUAGAUGAGGUGUUUGAGAUUCUGGCCCUAAUUCAGCUUGAGAGAAUUGGAUCUGCCCUUCCAGUUCCCUUUCUCUUGAUGAAUUACGACUCGUUCUAUGGAAAGCUCUUGGACUUUCUUGAUGAUUGCGAGCACUGGGGCACCGUCUCCAAAGGAGAAGUCAGGUCACUGUGGAAAGUCUGUGACAGCAACUUCGAAGCUUUGACUUACUUAUCUGAGUUCUAUGAUCUCCCUCUGCGGAGUGAACCUGGGCUUCAAUUUGGAGUAAGUACUGUGUCAGGGACAUCUUAGUAGAUACUGUUUAUGGACAAGGAAGUUCAAACCAGCAUGUAACUUCAGUGUAUUUUAGGAGCGUGCACAAUUUGAUUAGUUGUCUGAAUAGUUCUCAGGGAACUAAACCAAGACGAAUGCCAUCUUCCUCAUCAACCCAUUGUAUUCCUUGUCAAUCUACCUUAGAUCCUCUCAGCUUUGACAUAAACUGUACUCAUCUUCAACAAGAUUCAAAUAUAUAUGAGAGCGACCUCUAAAGUGCGACAUUUGCUCUCCGUAUUUUCAAUGAGAAGGAUUAGAGAAGGAGAUUCUUAGAAGUCAUUGUGUCGCUUGAAAGUAUUGUCUCCUACUCCUAGUUGGAUUAAUCUUCUAAAGUCCAAUGGUUCCUCCUUGUAAGAUGAUAUUGGAAAUUUAAUGCAAUAUCUUUUCUAUUC